AUGCUAUUCUUUCUUCUUUCCUAUAUUACAUGCCUUUCUUUCUACAUUCAAUUCUUUUCAUUUCCUAUAUUACAUGCCUUUCUUUCUACAUUCAAUUCUUUUCAUUUCCUAUAUUACAUGCCUUUCUUUCUACAUUCAAUUCUUUUCAUUUCCUAUAUUACAUGCCUUUCUUUCUACAUUCAAUUCUUUUCAUUUCCUAUAUUACAUGCCUUGCCUUUACAUCCAUUUCAUUCCUUUUCAUACAUUCUUGAUAUCAAUUCUUUUUCUUUCCUGUAUUACAUGCCUUUCUUUCUACAUUCAAUUCUUUUCAUUUCCUAUAUUACAUGCCUUUCAUUUUCUACAUUCAAUUCUUUUCAUUUCCUAUAUUACAUGCCUUUCUUUCUACAUUCAAUUCUUUUCAUUUCCUAUUUACAUGCCUUUUCUUUCUACAUUCAAUUCUUUUCAUUUCCUAUAUUACAUGCCUUUCUUUCUACAUUCAAUUCUUUUCAUUUCCUAUAUUACAUGCCUUUUCUUUCUACAUUCAAUUCUUUUCAUUUCCUAUAUUACAUGCCUUUCUUUCUACAUUCAAUUCUUUUCAUUUCCUAUAUUACAUGCCUUACUUUCUACAUCCAUUUCAUUCCUUGUAUCACAUACAUUACUUCUGAUAUCCAAUUCUUUUUCUUUCCUGUAUUACAUGCCUUUCUUUCUACAUUCAAUUCUUUUCAUUUCCUAUAUUACAUGCCUUUCUUUCUACAUUCAAUUCUUUUCAUUUCCUAUAUUACAUGCCUUUCUUUCUACAUUCAAUUCUUUUCAUUUCCUAUAUUACAUGCCUUUCUUUCUACAUUCAAUUCUUUUCAUUUCCUAUAUUACAUGCCUUUCUUUCUACAUUCAAUUCUUUUCAUUUCCUAUAUUACAUGCCUUUCUUUCUACAUCCAUUUCAUUCCUUGUAUCACAUACAUUACUUCUGAUAUCCAAUUCUUUUUCUUUCCUGUAUUACAUGCCUUUCUUUCUACAUUCAGUUCUUCUUUCCCCUACAUUACAUUCCUUUACUUAGAUUUACUUUAG